AUGUUCAAAGACAUCAACAUCGGAUCUAUCAAAAACGUCAUUGGACAUGGAGAAGCCUCAGCAGGCGGAGCAGCUCUCAUCAAACUGUUACUCAUGCUUCGACACAAUUACAUUCCUCCCGCCCUUCAUUUUCAUAUUUUGAACAAACGAAUAGAUGCUGGAUCUCUGACGCUGCCAGUUGUUGGAGAAGACGUGGAACUGGACACUUGUGGGUUAACGUCUUUCGGUGUGAGUGGGACCAACGCCGCUGGUUUGGUUCAUGCAGUUGCCGCACCAGCUCCACGAUUGGGCGCAAUGAAGAAACUUAAUUUGCUGCUUAUUUCUGCAAAAGAGAAAGCUUCACUGCAGCAAAUGGCAAAAAGUGUCGAAGAAUGCUUAACUACAACUAAACACUCCCUCGACGAGAUAGCUGCUGCUCUCGCAAAGCGACAACACUAUAAUUUCCGAUGUGCAGUGGUCGUGGACAGACAAGGACAUGAACUGUUCAAAUGCAUCGGUAAAGUGACGAAGACUGAUUCUGGAAGAUUCGUCGCAGUGCUGUCAAACUGUAGCCUUUCGUACGACUUGCUCUUCUUCCCAACUCUACUGAAAUAUUUCAACUCGUUCGAUAAUUUUCUUAGCAGUGAUGAGAAACUUCUUCUGUCCUUCAUUAUGUUCAUGGCAGCUGUAUUAGAAAAAGUGGACUUUUACGCUGAAACAGGUCGUGAACUUGUAGCUGUCCUCAUGGCAGUUUCUAUCUUGCCAAUUUCUCAAGCUUCGGCCAAACUUCUGAGAUUGUCGAAUACUGAAGCUGUUGUCAGCGCUCUGAAAGGAUUCGACAUAUCUUCAACAAAAUGUGAAGAACUUGCUGAAACUCCAACAUCCACAUGUGAAUCAAACUCCUACAAACUAUUGUGCGACGAGUCCGUCAUCAUAGACUACCUAAAAAUGCUUGCGUUAUAUUCAAAGCUAUAUGUCAAUGGCUAUCCUCUUCUACUUUCCAAUCUUUUUAUGGAGACGAGCUGUCAUAUUUUGUUACCCAACACCCCAUUUAAUCGCAGACAGCUUUGGUUCAAGAAGAAAAGUCCUGCAUUUGAGCACUACCUUCUUGGUUCUAUCAAAGAAAAGAAAGCAAACAAGACUGUUUUUGUAAACUAUAUUGACGACUUGCGGCAUCCCCAACUUUUCGGUAAAAACCAAAUGGGAGCGAGUUCUGCUUUAGAAAUUGCCUACACUGCGCUAAGACAACAAGUUCAAGGCAGCGUCGUGAUAGAACAAUUUCAUGUUCAAGUGCAAAAUCUAAACCGAUCGACUAAGCUUCUGACGACAAUAAAACAGUGUGAUGGUGUCUAUGAAGUGACCUCACAGCUCGAGGGCAGAAACUUUUUUGAAUGCCGCGCUACUUCAAAUAACGACAAAUCAAAGACUUCAUCAACUACUCCUGUAAAAUCAAAAUCACUCCAAUCAAAUUCACCCAUGUAUCUGUCAAAUGCACGCUGUGCCAUAGUAACAUGUGAUAUUGCUUCGAAAAAAGCGAAAGUACAAUCGAAUACUAAUCAGUUGCCAUACACCGCUGUGUAUGUGGUGUUAGGUAAAACAUCUAGAAGUGGGUAUGGGAUUGAAGUAUGGGCAUGUGGCAAACUUGUAAUGAUGGCAGACGAUACCGCCAUGAGCUCAAACAAAACGACAAAUGUUGCGAGUAACCUCGUACUUUGUAAUGAUUCUCAAAAUAUGGAACAAGCAAAGAAUAACAACACAGUACAACAAUCCGUAAACGGAGGCUGGAAAGGUCAGAGCGCAAAAACCGACAGGCCAAGCUCUCAGAGAACUGCGCACAGACUGAGCUCAUCAACGAUCAUGGAAGAAGUUCCAGAAACAAAACUUCCAACCGCUGAUAUUUCCAACUACCCCACCAUUGAACGACUGGCCGAACAUACUCAAAAUAAACUGAUAGAACCAAACCCAAAAGUGAUAGAGCCCUUGAGGGUGAUCGAACAUCUAGCCUUAGAGCAAGGAAAAACGAAAAGGAAAGUGUCACCACCUCAGCGGAGUACGCAAUCUCGCACAAGAGCAGAAGAAGUCCCUAACGAUGACGUACUCAAGAAAAUCAUAACUGCCACACGAGAAGUUCUUCCUCAAGAGCUCGUGGCCAAUUCCACCUCAUUGUCAACA